UGUUCUUGCAGUCCUGAUCUUCUGACUGUUGCUCCUCAAAUUUUUGGGAUUUCUACUGAUGGUGAAGUUUGUUGCUGUGUUUUUAAAUCUGGAGACAUUAAAGGAUUCAUUAUUUUUGUUAUAUGCCUGUCUUGAGUUCCUCUUAUGUUUGUCAGAUGAUGGCACAAAUGUCCAGGAAGAGGAAGAUAAAAAUAUUUAUACGCUGUGUGCAGCAUAUUUAAGUGUGAACACCACCAACACUCUGCCACUUGAAACCGCCUGGAGAGUUUGUUCACUUCUUAUUUGUAUAUAGAUAUAGAUGCUCAUUAGCACGGUUUGAUAUGGAGAUGUGUUUCAGAAUAUCUCUGAUGUUUCUGCUCAUGACUGCUGAUGUUGAGAGUCAGAAUCUUCUGGAAAUGAAUUACAGCCCUUCAUAUGUUUGUGCAUUAAGGGGAUCAACAGUAACAAUGCAUUGUGCUUCACGAUAUCUUUUUGUUUAUCCGGUCACAACAGCCUUCUGGACCAAAUCAGUUAUACCCGGAGCAGCACCAUCAAACCUGUGUUUAGACACAAAUUACAGAGGAAAGAUUCUGUGUCACAAUCAACAGACUCUCGGUAUAACUUUGAUAAAUGUGACAGAAGCUGAUAAACACAUCUACUACUGCAUAUAUACAACAAACUGUGGAUACAACUGUAACAAUGUAUGGAGAGGAGUUCCUGGAGUUCAGCUUGAUGUCACAGACCUGCAGGUGGAGACAAAUCAGACAGUGAAAGAGGGAGAUUCAGUGACUCUUACAUGUAAAACCACCUGCAAUCUGACCGAAGAAACAACAUUCAUCUGGUACAGAAACACACAGAGAUUCACUAAAGGAAGAAUUACAUUGAAUCAACUUCACCUGCAGUCAGUCAGUCGUGAUGAUUCAGGAGUUUAUAGAUGUGAGGCUGUAAGAGGAUCUGAACGUCUUUCCUCUUCUGGUGUUUAUCUUAGAGUAGGAGAUGUUGAUGGUCAGCAGGAUUGGGGAGUGAAUUACAGCUCUUCAUAUGUUUGUGCAUUAAGAGGAUCAACAGUGAGAAUAAACUGUACUUUAAAAUAUCCAUCUGGCCAUGUGGUCAAUAAAACCUUCUGGACCAAAACUGCAUAUAUACCUGAUACAGAACCACCUGACCUGUGUGUGGACCCAGAAAACAGAAGAGGAGUUCAGUGUCACAGUGAAUAUAAAGACACUCACAGCAUCACUUUGACAGAUGUGACAGAAGCUGAUAAACACAACUACUACUGCAGAUUUAUAACAGACCAAACAGGUGGUAAAUGGACAGGAACUCCUGGAGCUCAACUUGAUGUCACAGACCUGCAGGUGGAGACAAAUCAGAGAGUGAAAGAGGGAGAUUCAGUGACUCUUACAUGUAAAACCACCUGCAGUCUGACUGAAGAAACAACAUUCAUCUGGUACAGAAACACACAGAGAGUCACUAAAGGAAUAGAAACAUUGAAUCAACUUCACCUGCAGUCAGUCAGUCGUAAUGAUUCAGGAGUUUAUAGAUGUGAUGCUGUAAGAGGAUCUGAAUGUCUUCUCUCAUCUCCUGAUGUUUAUCUUAAUGUUCAGUAUCCACCCGAGAAAACCUCAGCAUCCAUCAGUGGAUCUGGUGAAAUAAUGGAGGGUGAUUCAGUGAAUCUGACCUGCAGCAGUGAAUCAAAUCCACCUGUUCACAACUACACUUGGUUUAAGGAGAAUGAAACAUCAUCUGUUGGAUCUGGACAGACGUACACCAUCAAUAACAUUAACUCCAGACACAGUGGAUGGUUUUAUUGUGAGGCUCAGAAUAAAUAUGGAUCUCAGAGAUCUGCUGCUGUAUCACUCACAGUAACAGGGGAUCAGGGUGGCCUGUACACCGUUUAUUGGAUUGCGGCAGGAUGUGGUGGUUUGUUUUUCUUCAUCAUCAUCAUCAUCAUUCUGUUUAUAUGGAAGAAGCAAAGAGAUGGUGGAUCUGAAGUUAGCAGACAAAAUCAGGGCAAUGGCUUAGGCGGAUCAGAAGGAGCAGGUUCAUCCAAUGAUGCUGCACUUUACUCAUUAGUAGGCCUAUCAGCCAAUCAGAGUGAAGCUGCUGAAUGUGCUGAUGCUGAUGGGGUUCAGUAUGCCAGUGUCCAGCACUUUAGAAAGAAAGAGAGAAUGAAUGAAAACGAACAGAAGGACCGCCAGAUUACGAACUUGACAAGGCAUCAUACCUCUGUUGCAUACAGGAUAUAUGCUCUAAAAGACAUCAACACUUCAGAUACAAAUUAUAUGAGGUUUGAUAUGGAGAUGUGUUUCAGAAUAUCUCUGAUGUUUCUGCUCAUGACUGCUGAUGUUGAUGGUCAGCAGGAUUGGGUGAAUUACAGCCCUUCAAAUGUUUGUGUGUUAAGAGGAUCAACAGUGAGAAUAUCUUGUACUUUAAAAUCUCCUCAUGAUAGCGUCACAGCAGCCAUCUGGACCAAAUCAGCAUAUACAGGACCAAACCUGUGCUCAGACACAAAUAACAGAGGAAAGGUUCAGUGUGUUUACAGUGACUCUAAAGACACUAUCAGUAUCACUUUGACACAAGUGACAGAAGCUGAUAAACACAUCUACUACUGCAGAUUUACAACAUACUGUGGAUACUACAAUUGUGUGGAAAAAAUAUGGACAGGAGUUCCUGGAGUUCAGCUUGAUGUCACAGACCUGCAGGUGGAGACAAAUCAGAGAGUGAAAGAGGGAGAUUCAGUGACUCUUACAUGUAAAAGCACCUGCAGUCUGACUGAAGAAACAACAUUCAUCUGGUACAGAAACACACAGAGAUUCACUAAAGGAAGAAUUACAUUGAAUCAACUUCACCUGCAGUCAGUCAGUCGUGAUGAUUCAGGAGUUUAUAGAUGUGAUGCUGUAAGAGGAUCUGAACGUCUUCUCUCAUCUCCUGAUGUUAAUCUUAAUGUAGACUAUAAUGAUCAGCUGGGUUGGGGAGUGAAUUAUAAUCCUUCAUAUGUUUGUGUAUUAAGAGGCUCAACAGUCAGAAUAUCUUCUACAAUUAAAUAUCCUAAAGACCAUGUGGUCAAUAAAGCCUUCUGGACUAAAACUGCUGUAACUGAUGCAGAACCACAUGACCUGUGUUUGGACCCAGAAAACAGAAGAGGAGUUCAGUGUGACAGUGAAUAUAAAGAUACUCACAGCAUCACUUUGACAGAUGUGACAGAAGCUGAUAAACACAUCUACUACUGCAGAUUUAUAACAGACUGUGGAUACAACUGUAAAAACAAUGUAUGGAGAGGGAUUCCUGGAGUUCAGCUUGAUGUCACAGACCUGCAGGUGGAGACAAAUCAGAGAGUGAAAGAGGGAGAUUCAGUGACUCUUACAUGUAAAACCACCUGCAGUCUGACUGAAGAAACAACAUUCAUCUGGUACAGAAACACACAGAGAGUCACUAAAGGAAUAGAAACAUUGAAUCAACUUCACCUGCAGUCAGUCAGUCGUGAUGAUUCAGGAGUUUAUAGAUGUGAUGCUGUAAGAGGAUCUGUACAUCUUCUGUCCUCUCCUGAUGUUUAUCUUACAGUAGAUGUUGUUGAUCAGCCAGCUUGGGGAGUAAAUUACAGUCCUUCAUAUGUUUGUGCAUUAAGAGGAUCAACAGUGAGAAUAGCUGGUACCUUAAAAUAUCCAUCUGACCAUGUGUUCGAUAAAGCCUUCUGGACCAAAGCUGUUGUAACUAAUGGAGUGCCACCUGACCUGUGUUCAGACCUAAAAAACAGAGGAGGAGUUCAGUGUCACAGUGAAUAUAAAGACACUCACAGCAUCACUUUGACAGAUGUGACAGAAGCUGAUAAACGCAUCUACUACUGCAGAUUUACAACAAACAAAGAAGGUGGUAGAUGGACAGGAGUUCCUGGAGUUCAGCUUGAUGUCACAGACCUGCAGGUGGAGACAAAUCAGAGAGUGAAAGAAGGAGAUUCAGUGUCUCUUACAUGUAAAAGCACCUGCAGACUAACUGAAGAAACAACAUUCAUCUGGUACAGAAACACACAGAUAUUCACUAAAGGAAUAAAAACAUUGAAUCAACUUCACCUGCAGUCAGUCAGUCGUGAUGAUUCAGGAGUUUAUAGAUGUGAUGCUGCUGUAAGAGGAUCUAAACGUCUUCUCUCAUCUCAUGAUGUUUAUCUUAGUGUUGAGUAUCCUCCUGAGAAAACUUCAGCAUCCAUCAGUGGAUCUGGUGAAAUAAUGGAGGGUGAUUCAGUGAAUCUGACCUGCAGCAGUGAAUCAAAUCCACCUGUUUACAACUACAACUGGUUUAAAAGAGAAAAGUUAGUGGGAUCUGGACAGAUCUACAGCAUCACAAGUAUCAGAUCAGAUCAGAGUGGAGAAUACAAGUGCAAGUCCAGAAAUAAACAUGGAGAGAAAUAUACAAAAGCUGUGAUGCUGAAUGUGAUGUAUGCACCAAGAAAUGUUGUGGUGUCCAUCAGUAGAUUUGGUAAAAUAGUGGAGGGUGAUUCAGUGACUCUGACCUGCAGAAGUGAAUCAAAUCCACCUGUUUACAACUACACCUGGUUUAAAGGAGGCGAGUUUAUAAAAUCUGGAAAGAACUACAGCAUCACGAGUAUCAGAUCAGAUCACAGUGGUGAAUACACGUGCAAGUCCAGAAAUAAUCAUGGAGAGAAAUUUUCAGAUGCUGUGAUGCUAAAUGUGAUGUAUGCACCAAGAAAUGUUGUGGCAUCCAUCAGUGGAUCUGGUGAAAUAAUGGAGGGUGAUUCAGUGAAUCUGACUUGCAGCAGUGAAUCAAAUCCACCUGUUCACACCUACAGCUGGUUUAAGGUGAAUGAAACAUCAUCUGUUAGAUCUGGACAGACGUACACCAUCAAUAACUUUAACUCCAGACAUAGUGGAUGGUUUUACUGUGAGGCUCAGAAUGAAUUCGGAUCUAAUAAAUCAGUUGCUAUAUCAGUAAAAGGGGUUCAGAGUUCUGCUAUGUAUGCCGUUUCUGGUAUUGUGGGAUGCCUCUUGUUGGUUAUCAUCAUUAUCAUCAUACUAUAUAAAUGGAAAAAGAGAAAAAAUGGUGAAGAUCAGGACAAUAGUCUUAACAGAGCAGCAGGACCAGCUUCACCCAAUGAUGUUCCACUUUACUCAAUAGUAGAGCUAUCAACCAAUCAGAUUGAAGCUUUAAAAUCUGCUGAUACUGAUGAUGUUCAGUAUGCCAGUGUUCGACAUAUUAGAAAGAAAGAGAUAAAUGAUUAUGAAGAAAUGGACUGCCAGUAUAUGAACUUUAAAAAGCAUCCUACAUCUGAUCCUCACAGCUCCGCUGAUGUGAUCUACAGUUCACUCAGAUGAUCAACACAGGAUCCAACAGUCACAACAGACAGAAACUUAUCUGCAACUAAAUCUGCUGUAUUUAUCAAGAUCUUAAUUUAUUGAUUAAUUGAGUAAACAGGUUUACCUAAUGGAGACAUAGCAUACAUGUAUAUGUAAAUGUACAUAAUCUUUUAUAUAGUGUGACUACUGAUAAGCAAUACAAUAAAAUGUUACCAUUGUUGGGAUAGCCUUUAUUUUGCAUUCAAUAAUUGUUCAGCAAAAAACAACUUUACAUUUUAUAAAAUGAAAUGCCUGCUAGAAAUGUUAAGAAACAGAUUUAGGAUAUUUUAUGUACCAAGUAAAGCUUUAUUUCUUUCAGUGUAAAUUGUUGCAAUGUAAUGUAAAUAUUCAGCAUCUUGUUUAAAUAUGCAAAAAAACAAAAAAACUUUUCUGCUAAGUAGCCUAAUAAAAAACAUUGUUCGAAAGUCUUUGUUUAACAUUAAAAAUCACAUUCAGC